UGUGUAUGUAUAGCAUCGUAUCUACCAUCAAAUAGACGAAAUAAGUUCCGAAGCUAUGGUUUAUAUCAUAAAAAUGUUUAAUUCAUUCAUAAUAGAUGGCGUUUAUUAUAGUAAUUGAUAGGUGCUGCCAUGUAGAACAAGUAAACGGUACUUAAUGCAUAUUUGUCUUAUUGUUUUAUGUUAAUAAUAAAUAAUAUUAACUUACUUUUGGACAUUAUUUCUUACGAAUGUAACGUUUAUUUUUUCAUUAUUUAUAUAUCUUUACUAUGUAUAUUUAGCUAUAAAAUAUAUUCAAGUAUACGCCUCUUGUACUUAAAAGUACCUGCUUAGAUAUUAAAAUUGAAAUCAAUGUCAAUAUGCGACACGUAGAUUGGUCGAUUUGAUCGUUGGAUAGUAACAUUGAUAAAACUCACUGUUUUAUGGAUCUUUCGUUUCACAUUUUAUAUUUACUUAAAUAUCUCCAUACUUUUGGACCAUAUGAUCCUUUUAUCAUAAAAUACUCGUAAGAGACUGUUUGAAUUGAGCUACGUAACCAAUUUACAUUUGCUCGCUUGAUUUGUACUGCGAUGUAGUGUAUAAUUAUCUGCAAUAGCUUUCUACGUGGCUUUCAGCGUGUUUGCCAAGUAAAUAAAUCGAAACUGUUCUUAAAAUGUCAGAGUAUUCCACGGAUUCGUUAGAGGAUGCUAAAGAAAUCUCGUCAAGAAAUCAGAAUUCUUUACACGGAAGGUGUAAAAAUGGAUCUAACCUAAAGUCAACUAAAAUCUGUAAUGUUGAUUUAUCCACUGAUCUGUCAUUAACUCAGAAACGAGGGAAGGGUAAAACAUAUAUCGGAUCUAAUGAAACUACGCCGAAUACCCACAAAGACACCGGGACAGCCAGCGGCAGGAAUGCAAUAAUUGCGAACAGAGGACUCGUAGACGCGUCCAAGCGACAACGCCCGGCGUCUUCGAGGAACGGAAAGCGAGACGUUGCGGACCGGUUUAAGAGAAAUAACACGGACAAAUCAAGACGAGAAGACGGCGUCAACCAGGGAGUCAGUGCAAGGUGUACCAAGCGUUUCUCCAAGACGUUUACAACGAAACGAAGUUGUUGUCCGAGGGAUAUACCGAUGGCUAUGAAGACGGACAAAAAACUCGGAAACGUGCUCGCCCCGAAGGUUCAGCAGGCGAGGAAACCAUGCUCCUAUUUGGAGCUUUAUCGUCGGAGAUUCAGUGGACCACAAUACAAGGUUCGAUCCCCAGAGGGUUCCACCUUGUCGGUUUGCGGCGACAGCGAACGAGAGGAGCUCAGUGACGACGAUACACGUUCGUUGGCAACCCCGAGGGACGAUCAAAGCGAGCUGAGUUUUUAUCGACGUAUAAUCGAGGGAUCUACCGAUCCUGCGGCCCUUGCCAACCGAUCCACUAAAACUGUGCGUGGAUCAGCGUUCCAAGACACGAACAGUAUCUUCUGUAGCUCGAAAAUGGCUAAACACAACACGUCUGACGAUAAAUCGAAGAGUCUCGGCUACAGGCCGUAUACCAUCGAGGAGUACAAGACUCUGUCGAUACCGAAGCUCGAUCGAUCUCUUGGGCCCGAUAAAGUUGAGAUGCAAGCGAAGAGAGAGUGGCUGAUGCGGCGAAGGUCAUACGGGAACUCGGUUAGCGCGCGAAAUCGCCAACGGAUACUGCUACAAGCGCACAGGAUCAAGACGAAGGAUACUACCGCUGAAAAAUGUUUCCUGCCUUUGAAGGAUCAGCAGAUCGAUGCAAAGAUACAGGAUGAUUCGAUAUCUUCGACGAUAUUCGAGGAUCAAGAAGUUGCGCAAAAAAGAAUUGAUAUAGAUGGUGACAGGUAUUCAAAGAAGAACCGCGACGUUUGCAAGAAACCGUCAUCAAGGAGGUCGUCUAAGAAAUUCGAACGAACGUCGAGUUUCUGUUCGUCGUUAAAUUCGUACGACAUCAUUGAAGAUUCAUAUUUGGAAUCCCUAAGGCAACGUCAUCUUUACGAGAAGGAGAUGGUAGACCGUAUUAUAAACCAAACACUAUGCUCCUAACUAUAGGGAACACAACAUCGUGAAUAAUCUAGUUCCUGUUCCGAGAAAUUGUGAAUACGAGAUGUGUUGAAAUUGAAAAAUUUCACAUAAGCGUACCUUUUCUUUAACUCAUUUAAUAGGAUGAAUCCCAGACCAUGGCAAGCAAUUUAACAAGGCUGAGAUAAUUGGAAUGGUAGAUAGAAAAGAAUUGGAAAGUAGAUACUAAUAAAUGAUAAAAGAGAUACUUUUUUUUAUAAAAUAGCACAGUUAGACUUUAAUAUAAAAUUUUUCUUUUUUAACAGAAGUUUUCUUUAUAUUCUAUAAUUAAAACCACAUUACUUUUGCUUUUUGUUUACGGGAACUAUGUUAUUAUUAUAAGUUUUCUUUACGAUAACAAAGAACUUACUUAAAUAUCGAUUAUUUCAAUGAAGGAUACAUUUACAUUUUCACUGGAAAACGAGUUUCGCUAAACAUUUAAAGCAGUUGUGGAAGCAUUUACAUAAAUCAACUUCCACUGACGGGUACAUUCGUUAGCUGCCAUCUUUUUCUUCGGCUGCUUCCGAAUUUCUCUAAUUUCUUUUUCUUCCGCAAGGAUCUCGGGUUCCAAUCGUCUUCUCUUAUCAAGGGCGAGACGUUUCUAAAUAAAUUAUACUUCAAUGCCGUACACCCUGGAGAUUAGUCGAUCGAUGAAAUAUUUAAACUUAAUUCCAUCUAGAUGACUUAUUCAUUAAAUGUUAUCUCAGGGUUCAUGGUUGGUGGGGUAUAGGUACUAGUUGCCAUGACGGCGCUUAUACAGCCGGUCACGCAUAACUAUGUAUACUUUUCUAUUCAUACCGGCAACUAGACUGUAUGAUACACCGGGGAAUGCGGGAUCCCGCAAGCUGUCUCGGCAAAUUCAGAAAUUAUUCAACACUUUUUGACGUCUCGAGUACCUGGCGGUCUGGUUUGCCAGAAAUGUUAACCCGUGUUAGGGCUUCACUAGGCGGACUCACGGACCACUUUUAUCCGCGAUCAUCCACCGGAUUAUCCGCAGGAAAAGAAUUUAGUGGUUCCCGAGAUCAAGAAUUCCGAUCCGUCUCUUUCUUUUGCGAGUUCGUUUCCUUAUGUAUCGCGAGCGGUUUCAUGAAUAGGUAAUUGGGUUCGCACAAAGUUGUCAUUGAAAAAACAACUUUAAUUCAGGCGUGCCGGACGUUUUAACUCUUUUUAUUCCGCUUUCUUAAUAAUUUAAGACCGAAUGUUCAUUAAUUAUCAGGAAACUCGCGAAAAUUUUUGGCAAAACUGAACAUGCAACGGAUAACAACUGUCUGAAAAGUUGGAUUCUGACGCAGCUAUUUAAUUUCCGCGUGGCGGACUGUUAUUAUCAAGUUCGAGUUUUAACGUGUUAUCUUAGGGAUAGGAGAAAGGUAAUCAUGCAAAUACGAUAACACCUGUCCAUGGUUUUCUAAGGCUUUAAACGUUGGACAGAAGUUAAAUUGAAUACGGACUCGACAUUUAUUCAAAGGAUACCGGCGUGGAGAGAUCCCCUUGGAAAUGUCUGUACUGAAAUUCGAGCGUGAAAGUAUUGAGGCGGUGAAAUUGAAUUUUAACUAGACUAAUUGAAUUGAAAUCGAAUGGAUCGUUUAAUUUAAUGCUUAAGCACAAAAAAAAAGAUAAAAGUAAAUGCAUCUAAAAUUGAUUCUUUA